AUGGCUCGGAUUUGGAGUUGCAUGGGGAGUGUCAUGCUGCAUGGGCAUGAGAAGGGUGGUAAGCUUGAUGCACGGGCUGUCAUGUGUGUCUGUGUUGGGGUGGACAUAGAGAGCAAGGGUUGGCGCAUGCUGGACCCUUCUCUCAUGCGCAUUCGCAUUGCUCGGGAUGUUGAUUUUCUUGAGAAUGUGAUGUGGAAGGAUUGGGACAAGGCAAAGGGAUUUGGGGAGCUUCUGCACGAUGCAGCUGCAAUUUCCCAACUCCUCCCUCUUCCACUCUCGCCACCCUCCGCAACGGCUGACGACGUUGAGAUGCCACCUUCAUCACUGCCACCGGCACCGCUGACGCUCUGUCCCUCUCUCUACGGGUGCCCCUCUGUCGACGGCGACUACCUCCCCUCCAAAGGUUACGGGUUUGCAGGUGCUUGGUAUCCAGUCUGGUACAGGUGGUGA